AUGGAAUCAGUCGGCAAAACUCAGCUCGGCAAGCUCCCUGCUUCCCUCACCCCUUCUCCAAGUCUCUCCUGCAUUUCUUUAUCCCCUCAAAAGUCCCUAACCAGCGUCGAAUAUCGCGAUCUCAAAAACAAAUGGGCGCCAACAGCUGUGAAGUCUGACAAGAUGGACUUCACUACUUGCUUUUGCAUAUCCCUCUUUAUCUUUCUAUUAGGAAGCCUUUUUUCUAUGGUGUUCGUCCAUUUCUGGAUAACAGACCACACUUCACAGAUCUUACCUAUUAAAGAAGUCCUUCAGCCUGUUGUGAUAAAAGAGACCCAAGAGGAGUCUCUUGACGCUUACAUUAACUAUGCAAGCAUCACAAAUAAAGCUACAGUAAUUAAAGAACACUCAUCCCCUGAAUUUCAUGCUUCUUUAGCGUGGCUUUCAAAUAAUCAAAGGGAAUCUGCAUUGUCUGAUGAUAAUUCAUUUGGAAAAUGCUGGGCUUUUGAAGGAGAAAAAGGACAGUUAGCGAUACAGCUGGGGUAUGAGAUAUAUCCAGAACAGUUUUUUAUCAAGCAUAUAAAUGUAAAAAAUAGGUAGAUUGUUGACUAUGCGACAGCGCCGAAGAAUUUCAGCGUUUGGUCAAUGGAAACUGCAGUAGAAGAUAACGAAUGCUCACUAUUAGGAAGCUACAGCUUUGAUAUGACGAUUAAAGGAGAAAAAAGAAGGUCAUGGGAGAUUUUUAAAUGUGCAAAUAACUGCGAUACUGCAAUUACAGCUGUUUUGUUGGAAAUAGAAUCGAAUUAUGGUGCAAAUGACACUUGUGUUUAUCAGUUUGGUUUGCAUGGAAGGCCAAAAUAA